ACGCGGCCCGGCCGCCCAGUGCCGCAGCCAUGGCCGAGGCGGCGGGGAGCGGCGGCGGCGGCGGCAGGUCCUGGAAGCGUCACAUCGUCCGGCAGCUGCAGCUCCGGGACCGGGCGCAGAGCGGCCGCUUCCUGGACGUGGUGCAGGCCUAUACCAAACUGUUGGAAAAGUCCAGCUUGCUGGUGCAUUUCACAGAGAAGCUACAGGCGGAGUCCUUUGAUCUCCAGCCCUCUAGGUCAGGGCGGGAAACUAACGGCUCCGCGCGGGAACCAGGCCUGGGCUCCCCGGAAGCGCUGCAGACCCUGAAGAUAAAGUACCAGGGGCAAAUCGCGGAGAUGAAAGGUGUCAGUGGGGAGUUGGCGUAUCAAAUUAUUGAACUGAGCAAAUUACUCAAGGCCAAAGAGUGUAAACUGCAGGAGCAGAAAAUGAGGCUGGCGUCCCUGAGCGGGCGGAUCUCUGAGCUGGAGGCAGAGCAUCAGCAGCUGAAGGGCCGGGCGGAGGAUCUGGGCAGCGGGAACUGUGCCAGGAAGGCGGAAUACGACGCGCUUCACGAGCGUUAUCGGCUCCGGGAGGGGGAGCUGCGGCGAGCAGCCGAGAAGGAGCAGGAGCUGAUUGAGAGCCUGGUGCGGAAGAAAGUGGAGGCUGCCGAGCACCAGAACAAGAAGAACGAGAGGGUGAAGCAAGCCCGGCUGUCCAGGGAGCUGAAGAAGGCGACGAAGAGAACUGUCAGUAUUGAUGUGGAAUUGGACGAGCUGAAGCCGGCAGAGGUGAAAGGGCCCGUCCGAGAGCUGGUGGAACUGGAGGGCUGCGAGAAGCUGUGGAAAAGGCCCUUCAGAUCGGCCUCCGCCACGUCCGUGACUCUGGCCCGGUGCGUGGAUGUCUUCAAGGGGCUGCUGGAUUUCAGGCUGAAACGAGGGAACUCCAUCAGCAGCAGCUCAGAGGUGCACUACCGCUCCAUGCCCAUCUGCCUCGUCACCUGCCUGCCGUCCCGAGUCAGCGACGUCCAGGAGGCGCACUUCUCCGAGGUGAACGCAGUCAAGUUCAGUCCCAGCUCCGGCGUGCUGGCCACGGGCGGGGCCGACAGUCUCAUCAGGCUCUGGAAUGUGGCCGGAGGGAGGCUGGAGAGCCUGCAGACCUUGGAAGGGGCUAACGGCAGCAUCACCAGCAUCGAGUUUGACCCGUCGGGCUGCCAGAUCUUGGCGGCGUCGUACAACAACGCAGCGCAGCUGUGGCAUAUCGGGGACAGCAAAUCCAAAGAGACGCUCACGGGCCAUGCUGACAAAGUGACGGCUGCCAAAUUCCGCUCCACCCGCCUGCAAGCGGUGACGGGCAGUCGGGACAGGACAGUCAAAGAGUGGGACCUGUGCAAAGGGGCCUGCUGCAGGACCAUCAACGUCUUCUCCUACUGCAACGACGUGGUGUGCUGUGACAACGUCAUCGUGAGCGGCCACCACGACAAGAAGAUCCGCUUCUGGGACAGCAGGGGGCCCCGAUGCACGGAGGUGAUCCCGGUCGAGGGGAAGGUCACCUCCCUCCACAUCAGCCAGGACCAGAUGCACCUGCUGAGCUGCUCCAGGGACAACACCCUGAAGGUCAUCGACCUGAAGAUGAACAACGUCCGGCAGGUGUUCCGGGCCGACGGCUUCAGGUGCGGCUCGGACUGGACGAAGGCGAUCUUCAGCCCUGAUAAGAGUUACGCGCUGGUGGGCUCCUCGGAUGGCGCCCUCUACCUCUGGAACAUGGAGAGCGGGAAGCUGGAAACGAUCCUGUCUGGGGAGCACAGGGCCUCCGUGAAUGCCGUGGCGUGGUGCUUCUCGGGCCAGUGCGUUGUGAGUGUGGACCAGGCGAAGAAGGUGGUGCUCUGGAAAUAGGGCUCAGCAUGAUGCUGGGCUGCGGAGGAGGAAUCCAGAGAGGACACCAGCCCCUCCUUUAUCUGCAGCCCUGCCCGGGCCCUGCUGCUACUGUUCGGCUCCCAAGGACCGAAGCAGCCAGGGCUGGAGGGUGGACAAGGUCCCGGAGGGGCAGAGGUGGGGUUAGACGCUGCACCGGCUGCUCUCCAAAGACCUCCGCCUCCACUAGCAACGGCAGCCGGGGCACUUCGCAGGACGCUGACGCUGUGUAAAAGGAAGAUUAGAAAACCAAGGGCAAGUUUUCUAUCUCAGACAGCGGGAGCGGGAGGCUGCUGGGCCAGCGUCUGAGGAACGGGCCCGUCGUGCCUGCGGAGGGCGGACGUACCCACCGGACUCCGGCGAUGGGACGUUCAGGAGGAGGAGGAGCAGUUUGUGCCUGGCACUUAACCCUGAGGCAGGGGGUGACAGGCUCACUCUUGCGUCUGGGGGCCCGGGCGUGAGGAUUCGGCGUUUCCAAUGCGCUUGAGCGGCCACGCUGCAUUGUAAGCCUGGAGCCAGGUCUCUCGGCCACGCUAAUGCGUCCGCACGGCCUGGCGCAGCGCUUCUGACCCGGGUCUGCGGCCUGAGCUGCGUCCACACUGCAGAAGGAUGGGGCUGAGCCCGAGUCCCAGCAGGACUUGGACUCUGACCCACCCCCAGCAGGGCCCUAGGACGCUUGCUGACCCUAGUCAGGCUCGCAUGUGUGGACGGAAGCAGAGCUCGGCUCCAGCCCGAGUCCGAGCCAGGGCUUAGUGUGCAGUGCAGACGUACCCAAGGGGUUAGUGAGCCGGGUCUCGGCUCUGCCCAAUCGGUGCCUCCCACAGGCGACUGAGGCUAACUCUGCCCGAGCGGGAGAGGAGUGAGGUCCCGGACCCAGCGCAGCCCGUGGCCAUAUCCCGUUAACUGCAGUGGGACGAGGAGAGGGGGCUGCUUUGGGAAUAGUGGAUGGCCCCUUGGGACACCAGGGAGCACCAUCUCCGUGGCCUGGGCAGUCAUGCCAAGCCAAGAGCCAUAGACGUCACCCUUGUGGGCUCCAGACAAGACCCCUGGGCACUUUCCCCCAGGAGUGAGCCACUGAGCGACUGUCUCCUCUCAUCCCUUCCUGCCUCUGCUCGGUGGUUCUAAACUGUGCCUGGGGGCAUCCCCGGUGCAGUCCAAUCCCUGAUCUGAUUCCACACGGGCAAUGGCAAAGCAGGGCUGGGGGGCGGGAUCUGAUCCCCUGAGCUCAGCCCGCUCCGCCAUGCGAACCAAGGAGUUCGUUUGUCAGCCCGAAUAAUCUUUGUGCCUUUUGAGCGUUUGCCUGCCGGGGGAGAGGCCCCUGCUGGGAGCGCAGGGCACGGCCCUGGGUGGGUGUGUGCACCAGGCUCAUCCGGGUCGAGAUGCCCCUGCCGUGUGGCAGAUUGUGCCAUGGCCGUACAGCUGACGGGCAGGGCAUGGCCAGGUGGAACACAUGUGCAGCGGGCUGCACCAGGCAGGACCCCACCAGUCCUGCUGCUGAAUGUGCCCCUGCCAUGCAUGGGGGGGCGAGACCCGCCAGGGCACUUAGAUAUAUCUGGUUAAUGCCCCCCCAACUGUGCCAGGCAUUGGCCGUGUGAGGUUCCUAGGUCAGUGGCAGGAGAAGGCCCAGUAGCGUCUAGUCCUCGCACUCCUUCUCUGGGACUGUAAUGUCAUGGCAGCGGUGUCCUGUGAAUACAGCUUUAAAACACGGUCUGGAUUUCUAGGCUUCUUUUCCCCAGGCGCUAACUCUCCUUCGGUGCCCAGCCUCUUGGAGGAGAGCCCCGGCAGCUGCAGAGCCAGGCCGCCCACCGAGGAGUUACUCAUCGUUGUUUUAUGGAGGUCGAGUGCUCCUCAAAGGCACCGGUUUCAGUGACCCCAGAGACUGAUGUCCUCUGGCCACAGAACGGGCAUAGUAGGAACGCAGCCCUCCCCCACUGAUGCCCUUUAGCCCUGACCUAGAGAGAUCAGGUCUCCCUGCACUGCUGUGUGGGAGUUGGGUGCUCCACUCCAGAGGCAGCUGCAUUUUGAUGGUGCUGCUCAUCCAACGCUCUGGGAGCUUUUGCCGUGGAAGGAGCUGUAGAAUUUCAAGGGGUGCUAGUCUCCCGUCCCGUCCAUCCCGUCCCGUCCCCCCCCCCCCCCGUUCAGAUGCCGGGAUACACUAAAAAGGCCCACACGGACAGAGAUAAAGAGCUGAGCGCUGACUAUCCCCUGGGCUGGGCAGGUGAAAUCCACACAGGGGCUGGCAGUUUGCCCAACACACGUGCCAAGGGCUCCCUAUUUCGUGCCUGCAAUUUACAUGAGCUGCUGUGGCGCUGCUGGUGAUUUAUCCCGCGUCGACGACGUGAUUGCUAGCGUCACGCAUGUUGCUGAUCCUGCGGGCUGGCCCGCCUGUCUUGCUUUGUGGGGGUGCUGCUGCAAUGACCUGUGUACAACUGCCUUCUACUGCAGGGAAUCCGCCAUCCUCAGCUGUGUGUCAUAGCCUCUCCAGUGCUAAUGGAGAUUCUCAUUUAGCUCACGAGGCAGGACCCUUUGUCGUUAGAGCAGGAGGAUGAGAGUUAUGUGCCGGCCAGCUCCGUGAUUGUUCUGUGUCGUCGUGUGUGGCAUAGUGACAACCAGGAUCUGUUGUUUCAGCACCUCCAAUCCCUGUGGGGAGAGCCAAGGAGCGGGAGAGUUGCUGUGGGGUUUGCCAUCGUCCCGGGAUCAGGCCCAUGACCCAAAUAAUAAACACUUUCCCCUGAGCCACCCCGCCUUCCCUGCAUUCAAUGAACCUUGCACACCUUCCCUCCCCCGACACGAGAUGGGUCCAGUUGCAUAAAUGAGGAAACUGAGGCACAAAAGGCAAGAGCCUUGCCCCAGGUCCCGCUGCCAGCCAGUAGCAAAAGAACCCAGGCGUCCUGAUGCUGGGUUCCAGGCUUUAACCGUUCUGUAGCUCACAGGCU